AUGCAAGCCAUCAAGGCCAGGGCACUAGGUGUCUACCUGCAACAAAUUCAGCAGUUUAUGCCUCCACCAGGCCUUCAACCACCACGAGGUGUCUGCCCACAACCAAGUCGACCGUUUAUGCCUCCACCAGGCCUUCAACCACCACAAGGUGUCUGUCCACGUCUAAAUCGACCGUUUGUGGCUCCACCCUGCCCUCAACCACCGCGAGGUGUCUGCCCACAACCAAGUCAACAGUUUGUGGUUCCACCCUGCCCUCAACCACCACGAGGUGUCUGCCCACAACCAAGUCAACAGCCUGUGGCUCCACCCUGCCCUCAACCACCACAAGGUGUCUGCCCACAACCAAGUCAACAACCUAUGGCUCCACCCUGCCCUCAACCACGACAAGGUAUCUGCCCACCUGCAGCUUCCCAGUUACUGCCACUCCCGCACCCUGAACCAUGUGAGUUACCAGCCGUACUAAUAUCGAAGAGAAUGGGCACAUUAACAGCAGCAGCAGCAGCAGGCCCGACAGACUUGUGUCAACUGGGUGCAGCUGCACCAUGCCCGGACGCAAGCCGUCAGCCAAGGAAGAGAGUUGCAGAGAUGGCCACUGCACCUUGUCCUGCUCCAAGGCAGCGUAGAGAGAUGGCCACUGCACCUUGUCCUGCUCCAAGGCAGCGUAGAGAGGUGACCACUGCACCUUGUCCUGCUCCAAGGCAGUAUAGAGAACGAGUGCCAUCAGACUGGAGCCAUCUGGGUGCUGCUGCACCUCCGCUCAAAAAUGUGUGUCCGCCUGCAGAAGAGGUGGCCGAUGCACCUUGUCCUGCUCCAGCGAGGCGUAGAGAACGAAUACCAUCAGACUGGAGCCAUCUGGGGGCAGCUGCACCUCCGCUCAAAAAUGUGUGUCCGCCUGCAGAAGAGAUGGCCGAUGCACCUUGUCCUGCUCCUGGGAGGCGCAGAGAACGAAUACCAUCAGACUGGAGCCAUCUGGGGGCAGCUGCACCUCCGCUCAAAAACGUAUGUCCGCCUUCAGAAGGUUCUUCCCCAGCUCCGAAGAGACGAGCUACGGGAGGAGCAGGACCGUGUCCUCAUGGGAGGGGUGCAGCUGGACCAGAUAUGGGUGCACAGCAACAGGGUCGAAGACAGGGUGCAGGUGGGCCACAAAGGCCGCCAAAGCGCGGGCCUGAUGGAGCAAGAUUACAAACGCCACCACGGCAAAUAAUGCCACGGCCUGGGAGACCACUCGUGAAGGAAGAUGCAGUUCGUAGGAAUUUGAUUGGAGAAAUUGCCUUCCAAUUAGAUCGCAGGGUCCUGACUUAUGUCUUCACAUCAGGACCUCGGCUGUACGGGUUUAGAGUGCUGAACAUCCCUGAGAAAACCAUUCAGGUCGCAGCAUGUCGUGGGGAGCAUGACCAAAUGACAAACCGCCACAAUGAGAUCAUGCAGCAACUGAGAAACUUCGGCUACUGUCCCAACACCCACCCCAAAUUCGCAGAACAAAUCGUCAAUACUUUUGGAAUCCUCAAAGAAAAACCACAGUCCCCAGCAAUGUUAGCAAAAUACAAUGAUCCUGAAUUUCUAAAGCAAGCAAUCCAUGAAAAUGCUCCAAUGAAUCUAGUGCUGGAUCUAAUGGUGCUGCUCAACUGUUUGGCAAACAUGUCAGCUAAUGAUGGCAUGCCACUGUUUAUUUGGUAG